AUGACUUGUAUCAUUUAUAAUGAAUUCAAAGGAUAUUGCUUAAACACUGAUGAUGAUUCACAAUUUAUUAACUCAGAAAAAUUAACUUGUGGUAUUAAUGAAUUACCUUGGGAUUUCUAUUUACCAAAUAAAUUAAUUGAAGAAAAUAAUGAAGAAACACAACAACAAGAACAAUGUAACAAAAAAUUAACCAAAUCUGAGAAAAGAGGUAUUAGACAAUCAAAAAGAAUAAAUGCGUCGAGGAAGAAACAAUUACAACGUGCAAAUUCAAAUGAUGAAGAAGAAAUUAUCCAAUUUAAUUCAUAUUUAGCUAAACAAGAAAUUAAAAAAAUUUAUAAAAAUUUAGUUGGUGCUGGUAAACAAGAUAAAAAAAUUUUACAAUAUCAUUCAAUUGCAUUGUAUAAAUCUGAUAUUGAACAUUUUUUACCUAAUGAAUGGUUUAAUGAUAAUAAUAUUUCGAUGAUCUACGAAUUAAUUAAAAAUUUAUUUAUAACAAAACAAAACAAACAAUUUUCUAAUCAAAUUGUUUUAUUAUUCCCAUCUUUAAUUCAAUUAUUUUUACAUUUUCCAGGGGAUGCUCAAGAUUUAUUACCUUUAGAUGAUUUAAAAAAGUCUAAAUUUAUUUUUUUACCAAUAAAUUUCAUUGAUGAGCCUGUUGAAAUGGAUUUAGAACAAGCUAAUAAUGGAGAUCAUUGGGUUUUGGGAAUUUUAUCAUUAUUGGAUAAUACUUUAUACAUUUAUGAUUCUAUGAAAAUUGAUGAUGAUCAAGUUUCAGAAGCUCAAUUACAAAAUCUAAUUGUAAAAUUUGAAAAUUGUAAACAAUUAGUCCAUGGUAAGAUUAAAAUUAAUUAUAUUGAAACUGACCAACAGAAGAAUUUUGAUGAUUGUGGAGUAUAUGUAAUUAUGAUCUCAUGUUUCUUAAUUAAUCAAUUUAUAUUUCAAAAUGAAAUUAAUCUUGAUAUUAGUAAAAUUAAAUUUAAUCCAUUAGAGGCUAGAUUAUAUAUAUUAAAAACAUUAACUAGAUUAGUUGAAUAA